AUAAUGUGUAGUUGCGCCACUGCCAGGUGUCCUCAGUCCUGGGGGCAGGCUUCAUCCUGCUAUCUUCAUCAUAAAUAAACUGAAAAUAAACUUCAUGUUUACUAGCGUAUUGUUGCGAUAUACAAACUUGUUCACUGACGGGGCUAUGCUGGAAAAAUAUAAACACCCCCCUCUAGUGGUAAAAUUAAUUAUGACAGCUGAUGAAUGAGCCAAAUAUGACGAAUGGAAUAGAAAAACAAACUAAAAUAGCAUGAAACUUGACAUUUUUUAAUCAUAUCAUAUAGUCAUAUUAUUCACAAAAUACCAUCUUUAUGAUACUUUUCGUGUGCUGUUCAAAGUCAAAUGUACUGGAUUUUUGCCAAGAUAAACACGCCAUCUUUCUGGUAUUAAUGUUUCACUUGUAUCUACAUGUGUUCGUACACAACUAGAUUAAUUCAGACAUGGACACAUUCAAUGCCAGGAUUGGUUGGACAUCUUUCAUCACAUGGUUUCUGCAUGUGUUGGUGUGUGAGUGUGUCCCACUGCCAGACUCAGGGCAGAUCCAUUCCCCCCAGUGUCCUCAGCUCUAUCCCGUCAACCUGCAGAAGCAGUGGGAGAUCAGCGUGCCGGACGGCUUCCAGAUCAGCUUGACCUUCACACAUGUGGACAUCAAAUCCUCAAUUACAGUCCUCUACGAUGAAAAGGUGCUUGGAAAGUUUUGUGGCAAUGAGAACUCUGCUGAUGUAGAGUUCACUGAUGUAGUUCAUCUCCACCACGGCUACCAGCCCAUUUUGUCUCCAGGCAACAGACUCAAGCUGAUAUUCCAGUCCCAUGACUACAACCCGGACCGAAACCAGAAUGUGGGAUUUUCUGCUCGGUACCAAGCAAUAGACAUAGAUGAAUGCUCAGCACCAGAACCUGAGGAUGGAUCAGGUCCACUCUGCUCUCAGAAAUGCCUCAACACACUUGGGUCAUACCGCUGUGCUUGUCACCAUGGCUACAAGCUACACUCAGACCAGCGCGCCUGCAUGUUAAUAGAUUGUGGAGAACCUGAGCCUCUGCUGAAUGGAGGAGUAACGUUGCUGUCUGGCUUCCAGAACCAAUACCUUUCUGUUGUUCAGUAUCAUUGCAAUGAACCAUUUUAUUCACCAUAUGGUGGCAUUAAUGUUUCUCUCACCUGUGAAGCAGAUGGACAGUGGAGAUCCAACCAUGAUGUUAUUUUAAGACCAGCAUGCCUACCAGUUUGUGGUCGACCAACAAAACAAAAUGAAUAUCACCAGAGGAUUAUUGGAGGAAAUGAUGCUGCAGAGCAUACCAUCCCAUGGCAAGCUUUCAUAAAUGUAGGUUACAGCAGGGGAGGAGGUAUGAUCAUAGCAGAUCGCUGGAUUUUGACUGCAGCUCACAUGGUUGUGAUUAAUGGACAAGUACAAACUCCUGAGGCUUUAUCUAUUUACCUUGGACUUGCAGAUGUUCCCCAAAUUUUAGAAACUCCUUCUCUGAAUGCAACUGCAGUCCAUGUUCACCGUCAGUACAAUAAUCCAAACGGUUUAAACUAUGACCACGACAUUGCAUUGAUAAAACUUAAAGACCCGGUCACAUUCAAAGCAGCAAUAAUGCCACUGUGUCUGCCAUCAAAGAAUGACACAUAUGACACGGGAAUGAUGGGGCUGGUGUCUGGCUUUGGCAUUACAGACAAGGGCAACUAUCUGCGUUUUCUAACAAAUAAGCUGAAGUAUGUGCAUAUUCCAGUGGUGGAACAGCAAAGAUGCAGUAAUUCUUUGAGGGGAACACCUAGAACCAAGAAACCAAUACUGACAGACAACAUGUUCUGUGCUGGAACUCCUGAAGGCGGGAAGGACUCUUGCAUAGGUGAUGAUGGGAGUGGCUUCACUCUGCAAUCUGAAAACGGACGAUUCUGGGCUGCUGGGAUUGUCAGCUGGGGGUUCAGAUGUGGACAGAAAGGAACAUAUGGAUUUUAUACCAAAGUGGCAAACUAUGUAGACUGGAUUAACAAGAUCAUGCAGGAAAAUUGAAAGCAUUGAAGAUUAAACACAGUAACACGUUAUAUAUGAGACAAAAACAAACACACCAUCACUAAAAACUAAUUAAACAUAAUAAGUUUCAAAUACAAAUAUGCUCAUACUGUAUAAUAAAUCAUAAUUAGAAAGGUAACUUCAGCUACUUAAUUUUCCAGGUGUUUGUAAGUUCAGCUGUACUUUAUUUUGUUCAAAACCUUGUUUAUUCAAUUUGAAUAAAGUGGUUUAAGCGUC